UCCAUCUAUCACUAGUAAGAGUGUUUGGCUAUUCCUCGAUUUGAUCGAUCGUUCAUUUCAUUUCUCUCUCUUUGAUCUCUACAAAAUUAAACUCCGAAAAACCUUUUGAUUUUCUUUAUUUUUUUUUUUUUUUGCCAGUAAUGGCAGUGCAAGAAAAGAGGUAGAGAGUUUUCAUCGGGAAGGUAAAGCUUUGCUUCAGCCUUCAAGGAUAACAUUCACUACACCCGUCAAACACAAUCUCUUCUUUCUGGUUUUCUCUUUAUCUCUCUCUGUACCCCGCGUGCGCUCUGCUCUCUUUAACUCUGAUAUAUUGUUCGUCUCCAAAGAAAGAGAGAAAAGAAGUGAGAGUUAAUGUUGUUAAUCACCAGAAAGAUGAACACCCAUUUUCCAAAGGAAACCUGAGCAGGCUUUAACAGAGAAGCCAGGAGAGUAAAACUCACAAACUUCAUAAAUAUAACACUGACUACUUCUACUACUAUCACUGUUUAGGAUUUCUGUAAAAAGGCUGAUUGUUGUAGCAUAAAUCUCGGGAGAGACUGGAGAUACAACAAUCUUUCGAGCAAAAAAAAAAAGAUUGCGUAGGAGAGAGAAAAGAAAGAAAGACAUGGUUGAUUUUAUUGCUAUAUAGCAAAGCCAAAGCCAACUAAAAAAGAUAAGAUAGUGUGAGAGAUAUAGAGAGAGAGAGAUAAUGGAGGGUGGUUCUAAUAGCACUUCUUGUAUGAUGGCUUUUGGAGACAACAGUAAUGGACUAUGUCCUAUGAUGAUGAUGCCUCUCAUGACUUCUUCUCAUCAACAUCAUCACCACCAUCACCAUCACCAUCAUCCUGAUGCAGACUCAAAUACCCUAUUUCUUCCCUUGCCAUACACCAACAAUCAAACUCAAAACCGCAAUCUCAUUAGUGGCUCUUCUUCACUCAUUCUUGACGAUAACAACAACACAAACACAGGCUGUUAUUUCAUGGAGACUAACGAUGGCACCUCUUCUUUUUCUUCUACCUCAGUCAAGGCUAAGAUCAUGGCUCAUCCUCACUACCACCGUCUUUUGGCUGCUUAUGCCAACUGUCAGAAGGUGGGAGCUCCACCUGAAGUGGUGGCAAGACUAGAAGAAGCUUGCGCAUCUGCGGCAUCAAUUGGCCCCACUGGCACGGACUCUCUUGGUGAAGAUCCAGCCCUCGAUCAGUUCAUGGAGGCCUACUGCGAGAUGCUGACCAAAUAUGAACAAGAACUCUCUAAACCCUUCAAAGAAGCCAUGCUUUUCCUCCAAAGGGUCGAGUGUCAAUUCAAAGCUCUCACUGUUUCUUCUUCUUCAAAUUCUGCUCGUACUGAGGCUAUUGAUAGGAAUGGUUCAUCUGAGGAAGAGUUUGAUGUGAAUAAUGAUCACUUCAUAGAUCCCCAAGCAGAAGACCAGGAACUGAAAGGUCAGCUUCUACGCAGGUACAGCGGAUACUUAGGUAGUCUCAAACAGGAGUUCAUGAAGAAGAGGAAAAAAGGGAAGCUGCCUAAAGAAGCCAGACAACAAUUGCUCGAUUGGUGGAGCAGACAUUACAAAUGGCCUUACCCAUCGGAAUCACAGAAGCUGGCCCUAGCAGAGUCAACGGUCUGGAUCAGAAGCAAAUAAACAACUGGUUUAUCAAUCAAAGGAAA